UUGUAGAUGAAAAUGAAGAGAGAUAGUUACAACUUUACAAGUCCCAUCUUCCGCUUUUUCUUUCUCACUUCCUCUCCAACAAACAAACAAAAACUACUCCUCCUUCAAUUUCAACCAUAAAUUCAUCAACCAAGUCAACCAACACCUUGCACCACCAUUCACAUCUAUCCCUAACAAUGUUCAACAACAACUACUCCACCACCGAGAUAGAGGAGGAAGAAGACACCAUCAUCAACCACCACCAGUACCUUGACACAAUCGACAAUGAAAUUGAAGAAGAACAAGAAGACUCCAUUUAUGUUGCAGUUGGUAAGAGCGAUACAAGCAUGGAAGCUCUCUCAUGGACACUCAAUAACCUUACCACUCAUUCCACCAUGCUCUAUCUCAUUCAUGUAUUCCCAGAAAUCAAACACAUUCCACAUCCAUUGGGAGUAGGAAUGAUUGCUAGGAAUCAAGUUAGUGCUGAGCAGGUAGAAAUUUACAUGGAGCAAGAAAGAAACAAGAGAAGACAACUCCUUCACAAGUUCAUCCAAUCUUGCUCUCUUUCCAAAGUUAAGGUUGAUACCAUCCUAAUAGAAAGUGAUUUCGUUGCAAAAGCCAUCCUUGACCUAAUUCCUAUUCUUCAAAUAUCAAAUUUAGUCAUCGGCGCCAACAAGUUCCAUCAAAGAAAAGCGAGAUCAAAGAAAGGAAAUGGCGUGGCUGAUCAGGUGGUACAGAAUGCACCAGAAAAUUGUAAGGUUAGAAUUAUCUGUGAAGGUAAGGAAGUAAAUGAUGAGCAAAUGAUGAUGAAGACACCUUCUCCUAAGAUGAUUGCCACUGCCAACUCUGCUAAUAAUGUGAACAACACAAAAGAAAAUGAUUCAGUUUUAUGUGUUUGUUUCAAACCAAAGUUUAAAUGACAAGCAUUCAUUGUCAUGUGUUACCAGAAAUAAUUAUUACAUUUUUCAUACAAAAUUAUGUAGUUUGGUUUGGUUUGUAAAUUUGUAUUGAAUUUACUAAUGUUUGUAGUGAAUGGUGAAAAUGUAUUGAAUUUACUAAUGUAUUGUUAUCUUCACCCGAAAUGAUCAAUAUGUUGUACUAGUAUUCUUGGUUAUGUCGAGAUCAAAGGAAAUUUUUUGAUAAAAGAAACAAAAAUA